CAAUUAUAUGCCUGGAAACGGCAGCGUAUUAAAACACUAUAAGCGUACGGAAUCCGAUAAAAAUACGACGCUCUUCAGCAAAAGAAAUUGAAAAUCAAAACAGAGCUUCAAUUUGUGAGUGGAUGUUUUAACAAUUUGUAAUUGAUGAAUAAAGUGAGUAAUUAGGGUUUGUUAUGAGAUGGAGCAUACAUUUUGGGCGCAUUUGCCCUUACUAGUUCGAGCCAACUCAAAAGAGUCAGUGGAGUACAUUCUUCAAGCUCUCUGGAGAACCCGAAAAACCGGUCUUGAUGCUGCUGAUCGCCGAGUCAUCUCCCAGAUGCUCGAGCUUCAAAACGAUUCCGACCUUGACCCUUUACUGGUGUGCCUUCGCAUGCUGAUUCGGAGGUGUGUUAAUGAUAAUAUAAACAAAGAUGAGAUACAAAAGCUUUUCCCUGAUGAGGUUCUACCUGAAUUGCAGAGACUAUUAACCAUUCUCUUGCAGAAGUUUCAGAAAGAAUGGCGCGACGAUGUCUUCAAGGAUCAGGUUACUUUUCCUCGGUUGAAGGCAAUGACUUGGAAUAUGGCGAAUCAGGACGCUGCAGAAGUGUCUGAACCUGUGGCGGUUAUAAGCUUGAAGCUUCAAAAUGACGCUCCAUCUCAAUCAGGAGAGUUGGAAGUAAAGUUCCAAUUAGCUAAAGAAACUCUAGAGACAAUGGUAAAGUCAAUGACCUGCAUAAGAGAUCAAUUGGCUGACAUAAAUGGCGGAUCAAACGGGCAUGUACCCUUUGAAACUAACACAGUCUAGCCCACAAACAUGUGUCAAAAUGGUACGGCUUGCAUUUAAAUCCUCUUGGUUUUGGGAAAUCCCUAAUAGGAGUAAAAUUAGGUGGUUUGUGGAAGAUUACCAAGUUUAGAUUCACAUUUAUUUGGAUCCUGUAUCACACUUGUUAUGAUUUAUGACUUUCAAGGUUUUAUGUUAAAAUUUGUAGGUUGAUUAGGAUCCGUAAAAUUUUGUUCAUUCUUUUAGUUAUCUGUAAUUUCUCUGCACUCGAAGGAAACUUAAAUUUCUGAGACAGAUAAAGCUUCAGCUGCGCGAUUUUAUUA